CCGCUCCCCCUCCCAGCCCCGCCGUGAGGGAGCGGCAAGAUGGCGCUGGGCUCCCGCCAAGGCUGCCGCUGGUGCGGCCGUGCCGCCCUGGGACAGCCGAGGCGGUGGCGAGUCCCGGAGCGGGCGGAGCCGGCCUGGUGCUCGGCGCGGCCCUACUCGGAGGGCGGCGGUGCUGCCGAGGCGGCGGGCGGGGCGGAGCUGCUGGAGGUGUGCUGGCGGCGGCGCUUCCUACGGGGCGGCGCGGGGCCGCUGCCCUGGAGCGCCUACCUGAGCGGCCGCCACCCCGGCUUCGGGCCGCUGGGCGCCGCGCUGCGCGCCAACCUGGCGGCGCAGUGGUGGGACUCGGCGCUGCCCGUGCGGGAGCAGGUGUUCCCCGUGGACGCCGCGCUCCACGGCCCGCCCGGCUCUCCGCGGGACGCGCGGGGGCUGCGGCUGCUGCACCCGGAGACGCUGCGCGGAGCCCUCCAGGGCUGUGGGCAGAACCCUGGCGGCCCGGCCCUGGAAGAAGUGCUGGGGGCCGCGGGGGUGCUGCGUGAGAGCCUCCUGCCCGGUGUCCUGGCACAAUAUGCCAGCUGCUUAGAGCUGGUGAACAGAAGACUGCCCUGUGGCCUUGCUCAAAUUGGAGUGUGCUUCCAUUCUGUUCCAGAAAGUGAACAUUCGGCUCCAGGAAAUGAACACAACAAAAACUGUCCAAGAAUAGGCGAGAGGACCGAGUCUUUGCUUGCAUGGUUUAGUUCUCCCAGAACUGCAGGACAGUGGCUCGAUUACUGGCUACGCCAGAGGCUCCAGUGGUGGAGAAAGUUUGCUGUAGGCCCGUCUAACUUCAGCAGCAGUGACUUUCAGGAUGAAGAAGGCAGAAGAGGAUUUAAGUUACAUUACAGCUUUCCUUGGGGGACAGAAACAAUAGAAACACUGAAGAACCUUGGUGAUACUGAACUGUUACAGAUGUAUCCAGGAGAGAGAUCAAAAUUACUUGGCCGAGAUGGAAGGAAGAAUGUCAUCCCUCAUGUUCUGUCUGUGAAUGGGGAUCUGGACCGAGGAGUGUUAGCCUAUCUCUUUGAUUCUCUACAGCUAGUUGAGAAUCCAUUAACAGCAAAGAAAAAUUCACAGAGAAAGGUACUUAAGCUUCAUCCUUGCUUAGCACCCCUUAAAGUAGCCUUGGACGUAGGAAAAGGUCCAACAACAGAGCUGAGGCAGGUUUGUCAAGGUUUGUUCAAUGAGCUGACAGAAAAUGGGAUUUCUGUAUGGCCGGGUUAUCUGGAAACUGUGCACAUGUCUCUGGAACAUCUUUGUACAAAGUAUGAUGAGAUGAGUAUUCCCUUCAUGAUCUUGAUAAAUGAUGGCACUCUAGAGAAUGGAGUGGUCCAGCUGAGAAGCAGAGAUACCACCAUGAAGGAAAUGAUGCACAUUUCCAGGCUGAAGGACUUUUUAACUAAGCUGAGACCUGGCAUGAGCAGCUGCACAGCACUGAGCUGACCCAGCAGGGCAGUGAGAACUCUAUCUACUGCAUGAACAGGAAGGCAGGUUUGUCUGGAGAUAGUUACUCCAUUUGAAUAUUUAGAAAUGGGAAACAUUAAUGCCUUUGCUAUUGGUUUGUUUAGGAGGUUUUUAUUCCCCUUGAAAAGAGGCAUUCACAUUCAAGGCAAAUGUAGAAAUGUGCAGGUUCAGAGCAUUGUGGCUGUCAGGUAAUGUCUUAAUUAUUGUAUGUUUUCUGCAAUUCAAGUACUAAAAUGUCUUAACAUAGGUCAGGGGCUUUGUAGUCAGUUAAUAAUUUCAGUUCAAACUGACUUUGAAUCUUGCCAAACCUAAGAGAAAUUGAAUAAAGUGCUAAAGUACUUAACAAUUUAACAGAAUGCAGAAGCUAUGCAAGUUUUAUUUUGCUACAGCUUCAUAUAUCUCACUAUUGUCAGUAAAUGGCCAUUACACCCUUUUUUAUUAAAACCUCCAUUCGUUUAGCCUGCAUGACUGUCAGAUUAUGCCACAUAUAGAUUCUGAGGGAUUUCAAAUAAUGCCUCUGCCAGGAGGGUCAGUAGGUGUCCCCUUUCAGUGAUCUUGCAGUACCUGAAGAAACCUGCCUGACUGUAGGGAG